UCCUUUUGUCAUAACUUCUCUCAACUUUUAAGGUCAGUUUAAUGGCUUCCGUCUCUCUUUCUUUCUCCAUUAAGUUUUGCCAUUUCUUUCCAUCUUGUGCAUGAAUUUUCUUUUAAUUCAGUUAUAUCCACUUUGAAUUUUGAUUACUUGAGAUUGAUUUCGGAAAGUUGGAACUGAUUGGCAAGAAUCCAUUAAAAAGUCAUCCAUAUCUUAGUAAAUUAUUUAUAAUUCACCUGUUGUCCAUUGACUACCGUUUUCAAACAGAAGAGGUGUUUGCAAGAAGUGUUCAGGUUUUGACAAUGGAGAACAAUCUCGGAGUUGUGAAAGGGGAGGAUCAAAUGGAAUUACCUCCUGGAUUUAGAUUUCACCCAACAGAUGAAGAAUUGAUUACUCAUUAUUUAUCAAAGAAAAUUCUUGAUAACAAUUUCUCUGCUAUAGCCAUAACGGAGGUGGAUAUGAACAAGAUUGAGCCGUGGGAUUUGCCACGGAGAGCAAAAAUAGGGGAAAAGGAAUGGUAUUUUUUCUGUGUAAGAGACAAAAAGUAUCCCACUGGUCUUAGAACAAACAGGGCUACUGCUGCAGGUUACUGGAAAGCCACUGGUAAAGACAAAGAAAUAUUCAGAGGAAAAAUCCUUGUCGGAAUGAAGAAAACCUUGGUUUUCUACAGGGGAAGAGCCCCGAAAGGCGAAAAAUCUAAUUGGGUUGCUCAUGAGUACAGAGUAGAAGGAAAGUUCUCUAUCCACAACCACAACCUCCCAAAACCACCUAAGAAUGAUUGGGUGAUCUGCAGGGUAUUUCACAAGUGCUCCAGUUUGAAAAGGGAUCCAUUUAAUGAGUUGGCUCCUACAACUCUGCCACCUUUAAUGGACGACUCUUCGCCAUUUGUAUCCGAAUCAAGCCACGUGCACUGCUUCUCCAAUCCAAUUCUGGUCGUUUCUCAAAAGAAUGAAGAAGAAGCGAUUCCUUGUUUCAACGACCCUUUCUCUGCUAAUCCAAUGGAUACAUUUACCACUAAUUCUACCUUUUCUUGGGGACAAUUUGGUUCAACUCAUGGAGGAUUUCAAUUUCCAGGUUCAAUUCCACGGCAAGAUCCCUCAAUUCUGAGGAGUUUACUUGGAAAUUAUGGCCAAAAUAUGAUUCAGAACUCCAAAAAUCAGAAAGAAAUGGUCAGUGUAUCACAAGAAACUGGCACGAGCACUGAUAUCAACACUGAAAUUUCUUCCGUUGUAUCAAAUCAUGAAAUAGGAAGGCAGUCAACUGAUGAUCGAGAAGGACCUUCAACUUCAGUUAGCCUACAGAAUUUGGGCUGUGUUUGGAGUUACUAAAAAUUUCUAGAAUAAAAAAUAAGAACUUAAGUUUGCUCAUAAAAUGAUUGUGUGUGUAUUAAAAGUUUGUAUUAGAAUGAGGCUAUACAUUUUGUAAUAUUCAUCAAUUGAUUCCUCUAUUUCUAUGACAGUAUUGAUUGCUAACUGAUCUA